AUGGCAAUAAAUUUGUGUAGAAUAUUGCGGAGAAGUAAUAGAAAAUGGGGAAAUGAUUGGAAGGGUAAUGGAAAUUUCAAUUUAAACAAAAAUGAUAACGAAUCUGGAAAGAUAAAUGAAACAUUUGACGAGCCAUUAAAAGAGAAUGAGGGAUAUCCAUCUUAUAUUCAACCAAGUGGAAAUAAAACAAAUUGGUCAGAAAAUUGGAGAAACGAAAAUGAGAAAAAAAAAUAUAAUUUUUCUAUAUCAGAAAAUUAUGCAUAUAAUGUACCAUAUAAUUAUAAAAUUGUCAUACCACCAUCAAAAAAAAAAACAAAAGAAACUGAUGAAAGAGAAAUAAAAGAAGAAUAUAGUAGAGACGUAAGUAACAACUUAACUUAUACAGAUUAUUGCGGAUUUAGAAAUCCAACUUUAGAAACUUUUGAUAAUUAUAGAUAUUGGCAAGACAGUGGAUUUAAAAAAUUUAUGAAUAGAAUUUUUCCCAUUAAAAUACCAGAACAUAAAAAAAUAAAUCCAUUAUUAAGAGAAUAUAUUUACUUUUUACAUUCCUUAGAUCCUUUUCGAUUUACAUUUAAAAAAUUAAGUGAAAGGUAUUUUUUUUCAGAAAAUUGCAUAAAAGCAAUAUACAAAGAAGAAAGUGUAAAAAAAUUUUUAGAAGAAAAUCAAUUAUGUGAUGAUAAAACAAAAAGAAUAUCAAAAAAAGAAGCAAUAUUAAAAAUAAAAGAAUUAAUUUAUUCAAAAAAAAUUGGAUAUAAGGAUAUUGGGGAUUAUGAAAAUCUACAAAAUGAAGAAGAUGAAUUUCAAGGAUAUAAAAAUACUUUUGAUCAAAUUAACAGACAAGUUGUCCAAGUAGAAUCUAUUUCAGCAUUUCCUUUGCCGAAUAGACGAAAUCCAGUUCCUAAGAGGGUUGAUGUUGACAUACCUGUAUUUAAUUCAGCUAAUGUUAAAAUAAUGAAUUGGAUUAAUCCUAAUGAUAAAGUGAUAUUUUAA